UGUAGACUCACUCCAUUUUCAGUGCCAAGAUUUGAAGAAAAAAGGAUGUUCACGUCAAUCAGAAAGCAUAUUGAACUUUUAGGUGAUCAUUCAAGUCUUCACCUUAUAAGGUCUUCUGCUGAGAUGGAUGCCCACAAUGAAAACUCUACAUCAGCUGAGGGUGCCACCUGUACCCUACUUCUCCAUGGCCCUGUUGAACUCAAGCAAGGUUGGAAGAGGCAGAAACGGCACCUCUUCUUGUUCAGCGAUUUGUUGCUGAUGUCAAAUACCAAUUAUAAAAAAAACUUUAAGAUAAAGAAUAAAAUACCACUGAGCACCUUGUGGACUGCCAACUGUAUGGACAAAGUAGAAGAUGCCAGCAUUGGUGCUGAGAGGUCCUUCAUCUUGGGCUGGCCCACAGUGAACUUUGUGGCCACCUUCAGUUCUUCAGAACUAAAGGAAAAAUGGCACUCUUUCCUUCAAAGGUACAUCAAUCUAGCCAAAGAGAAGGAUCAGCCAAAAAGCAUCCCCCUCAAAAUCUUCACUGAAGACAUCAAGAACUGUGCCGGUUCUGUGACUGUAACAGUGACAAAUUCAGACACAGCGAAUGACAUUAUCAACACGUCACUACCAAUGCUAGGAAUAACUGGCUCUGAGAAAGACUACCAGCUGUGGAUCAGUUCUGGCAAAGGAAAAGCCCCACACCCACUCAUUGGGCAUGAACAUCCUUAUGGAAUUAAAAUGAGCCAUCUUCCAUCUACUCUGCUGCUGCCACAGGGACCAGAGCCCUCCAUCGAUCCUUCUACCUACUGGGAACCCCUCCUUCCAAAUGAGGGGUUCCCAGAGAUGCAAGGCCAGUUCAUUCUGAAGCCCAGGCACCCAGUGCAGAACCAGCAAGGGAGAGAUUCAGGCCAGAAGACAGUUAAAAGGAGUGCUUUCUUAAAUUGGGCCUUUCGGCGGGGCUCCAGAAAGUUCCAGGACAGCCAGUGCACAGCAUCAUCUUCUGCAAAGCCAGGCCAGCUCUUCAGAGUUUCCCUCAAGGACAUGUGUGAUAAUGACAACCUGCCCUCCCCCAUUCUGGAUAUGCUUUGCUUUAUCAAUAAAAAAGGGCCACUCACAGAAGGAAUCUUCAGAAAAUCAGCCAAUAUGAAAUCAUGCAGAAUACUGAAGGAGAAGCUAAAUUCCGGGGACAAAGUGAACUUGGCCAGUGAAUCUGUUCUUGUGGUAGCAUCUGUCUUAAAGGAUUUUCUUAGAAAUAUCCAAGGAAGUAUAUUUUCAUCUGAUCUCUAUGACAAAUGGCUUGGUGUUACUGAUCAAGGGAGUGAGGAGGAGAAAGUAACUGCAGCCCAGAGGCUUUUAGACCAACUGCCAAGAGUGAAUGUUGUCCUCUUGCGAUACCUUUUUGGAGUGUUAUACAACAUUGAUCAGCAUUCCUCAUCCAAUCAGAUGACAGCUUACAAUUUAUCAGUGUGUAUAGCCCCAAGCAUUCUUUGUUUAUCUAAUUCCUGCAGCUCGGAAUUAGAAAGCAACUUCAUAAAAAAGGUUUCUCUUGUACAAUUUCUCAUUGAAAACUGCCUCAAGAUAUUUGGGGAAGACAUCACUUCUCUCUUGGGAGAGAGUUCAACGAGCUGUGAUAACAGAGAGAACGCUGCAGUGACAGCACAACAACCUCUUGAAUCCACACCGGUGAGCGUGAGAGUGAUUUACAAAAAGUCACAACUGCAGGAUGAUACCAAGACCCUGUCUGGCAUGGAUCCACCUAGCUACCUAUCUACAGUUUUCUAAGUCACUGAAGACUAGAAUCUCCAUAAUGAUGCUUGAUCCUUCCUUUGUCUUAAUUUCCUAUAAAAUAGGAAGUAUAAAGAACUUUUUUUUUCCAACAAAUGAGAAAUGAGCCCCUUCCAAGGCCCCAGUUUAUCCCAUUUGAGUUUUUCUUUUCCUUGAUCCCAUUUAUCCCUACUGAGGUAAGAUUCCCACAAAAUAUCUCUUGUAUCUUCAAUGCCUACCACAUUAUAUAUUUUUUGUAUUGUU